AUGACAUCAAUAAUUACGAUUCUGACAAUAGCAUUGAUUGAAUGUGUAUUUGGAGUAAUUUAUGUUGAUCUAAAGAAUUUUAUUAUAUCUAAUGGAGUGAAUGUAUUUCAUGGUAGAUUCAAUAUAAACUCCAGAUAUUUUAUGUUUGUUGGUGAUUCAGAACCCAUUAGUGAAUUAAGAUACGGAAAUGAAGUGAUAUUUCCAAAGGAGAAUGGUUCACAGGAAUACAAUUUAUUUGUUGAAUUAUUUAUAAUAAAUAAGGUUAUUCUGGUAUCAUUUUAUGUCCACACAUUUAAUGAUGGAUUAUUGAAAUCAGUCAAUCGACAUACCAUUAGCAUAUCAUCUGACAAAUACAGUCACAUAAGUAAUGAAGAAUUUAUGUCAAACAUAAAUAAACCAGUUCUAGUUUCAAUUGAUAUUCGACCGAAACCAAAACAUCCGUUUAUAAAAAGAUCCACUUCUGAUCAUGUUAAUCUUCAAAUGGUUAUAUAUAAAUUCGCAAAUAAUUAUAAUGAGUUUGAACUUGAUGGCAAAUCAGGUCCACUAUAUAAAUUCGGAUAUGUAUAUGAUUCGAAUCGUCCUGCAGUUGUAGGUUAUACAAAACGUCUAUAUUUAAUCGAAGAAUGUGUUUUGAUUAUGAUAUAUAAUUUGUAUUUUAUCUAUUUAAAUAUAUAUUAUUUUAGGAUUGAACCUUUCAUGAUCGAACUAUAUGGUAAUUAUAUACGGAAAUAUCAAAUAAGGACAAUAUUAGGUGAAGAAUAUUGGUUUUUAGCAGAAUACGGUGAUGACAUGUUAUCAAACCAAAUAAUAAUGGAUGCAAUCAAAUUAUUCAAAAGUUAUAUAAAUCAGCAGGGAAUACCAGUAAUUACAGUAGACAUAUCAGAACUUGCAACACCUGAAUUAUUUGGAAUAGAAAAAGUUACAGGGUCAUCAAAUAUUUGGAACUACACAUUGUAUAAACACGAAAGAAAAUCUGGAUAUGAAGAUAGAAUAAGGGUCAUUAUGGAUUCCAAUAUCGAUAAAAGAAAGAUCUAUGUUCAAAGAAAUGAUUAUGAUAGUUUCAAUAUUGAAGUGUAUAGAAAUGAGGAAACAACAUAUGUAAUUAAUGAAAGAAAAUAUCAAAGAAAAAAUUCGAUGAUAAAAAUGUAUGAUAUACAUCAGCUAAAAUUAGAAACGAAAAAAUACAAUCAAGUAGAAGAUAGAGAGCGAAAGAAAAUAAUUGAAAAGUUUGAAAAAUCAUAUCCGAUAAAACUAGAUAUUACUAUUGAUGAAGAACAACCAUCAUUAUUUGAGAAAAAGGAAAUAUCAGAUGGUGAAAUGACAAUUCAUCAUUUCUCAAUAAAGGAAACUAAUGAUUUCGGAGAAUCCAUAUUGAACAAAUAUGUGUUUGGGGCUGUUUAUGCAACAGGAAGUUUUCAACCAGGUAACAUACCAUUGGAACCAUUUAGAAAAAAUAAGGUGAUGAUUAAUCCAAACAUAAACACAAACAAAUUUAUUGUAAGGAACAAAUCAACAUUUGAUGAUCUGAACACACCACAAUAUCAGUUAUUCCGACUAAGAACAUUAUCAUAA